CCUCUUCACGUCCAAUACCUUCUCUGUAAUUGAGGGUGAUGCCUUCAUCGGCCUGUCCUACCUGCAGUACCUCUUCAUUGAGGACAACAAGAUCGGCUCCAUCUCUAAGAACGCCCUGAGGGGACUCCGCUCACUGACCCACCUGUGUGUAUCUGCACAGUCCAGACCUCCACUGUAGGCAGCCCGACCCACCCUCAAGGCCAUAGCGUCUUCUGGCCCUGGCUGACACUCUUUCCUCUCCCCGCUCCAUCAGAAGCCUGGCCAACAACCACCUUGAGGCUCUACCCAGAUUCCUGUUCCAAGGCUUGGAGACUCUGACUCAUGUGGACCUCCGUGGUAACCCGUUCCAGUGUGACUGCCGAGUACUUUGGUUGCUACAGUGGAUGCCUAUGGUGAAUGCCAGUGUGGGCACGGGGGCCUGUGCGGGCCCCUCUGCACUUGCUCAAAUACAACUGAAUCACCUCGACCCUAAGAAGUUCAAGUGUAAAGCCACAGGCACCCCUGACUCUCUUGCUGCCCCUAGAACUCUCCUGGCUCCAGACUGUUGGGGAGUCGGCACUGAGCGUGGAGUCCUUCUCCUAUCAGGGGGAACCUCACAUGGUCCUGGCACAGCCCUUCGCUGGCCGUUGCCUGAUCCUGGUGUGGGACUACAGCCUGCAGCGCUUCAGGUCUGAGGAAGAGCUGUCCGCGCCCUCAGUGGUGUCCUGCAAACCUCUGGUGCUGGGCCCACGCCUCUUCAUACUGGCUGCUCGCCUAUGGGGAGGCUCACAGCUGUGGUCACGGUCCAGCCCCGACCUGCGUCUGACCCCUGUGCAAGUCCUAGCCCCUCAACGGCUGCUGCGACCCAAUGAUGCCGAGCUCCUGUGGCUGGAUGGGCAGCCCUGCUUCGUGGUGGCUGAUGCUUCCAAGGCUGGCAGCACCACGCUGCUGUGUCGUGAUGGGCCGGGCUUCUACCCACGCCAGAGCCUGCACGCCUGGCACCGCGACACCGAUGCAGAGGCCCUGGAGCUGGACGGCCGACCGCACCUGUUGCUUGCUUCCGCCUCCCAGAGGCCUGUGCUCUUUCACUGGUUUGGUGGCCGAUUCGAGAGGCGCACAGACAUCCCAGAGGCAGAGGACGUCUAUGCCACAAAACACUUUCAGGCGGGAGGAGACGUGUUCCUGUGCCUGACUCGAUACAUUGGGGACUCCAUGGUCAUGCGCUGGGACGGCUCCAUGUUCCGUCUGCUGCAGCAACUUCCAUCUCGAGGCUCCCAUGUCUUCCAGCCACUACUAAUUGCCAGCGACCAGUUGGCCAUUCUGGGCAGCGACUUCGCCUUCAGCCAAGUCUUCCGCUUUGAGCCCGAUAAAGGGAUCCUGGAGCCACUACAGGAGCUGGGCCCACCGGCCUUGGUGGCCCCCCGAGCCUUUGGCCAAGUCACUGUAGCAGGAAGACGCUUUUUAUUCGCAGCGUGCUUCAAGGGGCCCACGCAGAUCUACCAGCACCAUGAGUUGGAUCUCAGUGCCUGAGGCUGGGAAAGACCCUGGAAGUGGCUAUGGGACUGGCAAGGGCAUUCUGGGACAUCUGGGUAACCUCUCUGGGCUGGCCUCCUGGAUGUCACAGACAGUCCUGGGUGAUACAGACCACAAGCCAAGUGCAUCAGCCUGAGUUAGGCUUAGUCCACUUUUCGGAGGAUCUGUACCUAAGGGGCAAGUGGGAGGUCUCUUUACUCCCAACUAUGUUUAGGGCCCCUCCAGUCUGAAGCCACAUUUGGGCUGAGGACAGAUGCUCCCAUGCACAACAUCUUGGGAGUUCCUCCUGGAACACAACUUGGAGCUGGGAUACAGAAACUAAAAGGGCAAUCUGCUGAGCUCCAAGAGGUUUGGACACCCCGCCCUCAACGUCCCCUUGGUCCUGCUGCAUAUAAAGAACCGAGAGAGAGCAUUAGUUCCACUCAAACCCUAUCUGGCCAUUGGUUUCGUGGAGUAUGCGUCUCUGUGACGUCACAGUUGCUGGGCAGUUUCUUGGCCUGGUACUCUGCUGCCUGUGCGCAUGCCUGGUACUUUGCUGCCCGUGCGCAUGUCUAUUUCCGAAGACUGAUUGCUUUUACACGUGUGCAGUAAAAGUGAAGCAGCGAAGAUGAAGUCUAGAGGCGUCACAGAGAGCACUGGGUACCUUUUUCCAGAAUGUGACAGGGGCAAGAACAGGGAGUGUAUGAAUUCAAUAAAUGCCCCGCGCACCCAACCUGCCCGCUCUGUGGUCUCAAGGCGGGAGCCUCUUGUUGAGUGGCAGGUGAAAACCCUGGAUGGGAUCUUGGGCAGGAAUUUUGGUUUGAAAGGUUUUAGGCAUUUUCUGUGAUUGCACUUAGAUUCUGGAGGCUCUGAUGGAUACUGAGGAGCCUCAAGAGAGCUGGGGGUCAGUGGAGGAUCUCACAGUGUGGCCACUGCUGGACUAUCGGCGGUGUUCUGAGAAAUUACAGGUCUCACAGGUGAAUGGAAGGGUCUCAUGAUAAAGUGGGGUCAUCUCAACUGCAGGGGUGGGGACAGCUAAAUAUCGGGGUGGCCCCAAUAUGGUGUGAUGACCCCACGGUGUAGUUUUUCGCAAUGUCACCCAGUGUCCCUACACUGCGUGAGAUUAGGGCUCUUUUUCACUCCCGCAAGUGUCCCUCGUUUGCCACUAGAACUUAAGUGGCACAGGAGGCUGCCCAUGGAGGGAAAGGGCAAAUCUCAUGCCCACCAUAAGGCCAUGACGUGCAGGUCUAAGCAUGAUUCAGCCAUCAGCUCCUGCUCAUUAACCUGCCCCAUCGAGGCCCCAAGGUCCACCCCAGCAUCUGCUCACCUCCUCGCUGCCGGCAGCCACACUCCAAGCUCCACACAGAGUCUCUGGCUCGCCUGAGCAUGACGUAAAAUCAUUUUAUAUUAACAACUGAACAAAGAACCUGCUACCAUGAGAUGAGGCUCGGGGAAGGCAGUGUCAGGAGAGGAGGAGCCCAGACAUCUUGGAGUUCAAGCCCAUCUCCAGAGACAGGACCUGCACUUUUUUAACUGAUCCAUCCUCAGCAGUUGUGAGCAGAGCCUGGUAGAGGGAAUGGAGUCAGUUUGCAAGCAUCUCCCCUUUCCUUCUCCCUGACUCAGGCACGCUCCCACUCCAGCUUCCACUAGUGACCAUUACCCCCACGUGUCACCCCCAAUCAUCCUGUGUCAUACCUGGUGUGAUGAGGGGUGGCCCAUCUCCUGGACGGUGGCUAAGGAAAUAAACGGAAUAAUAUGUAAAUAAA